UCACAUGAACCAGCUCUGCACGUCUGUCUGGGGUCCUUCUCAGCAACACCCUUCCAAGAUGGCAGCCAACAGUAGCAGCACGGGUAGCAAAUCCAGCAACAGCGCCGGUGGAAAACAGUCCGGCCCGACAGCUGAACAGGUGGUGGCAACAUUUCAGAGGAUGCGACAGGAACAACGCAGUAUGGCUUCUAAAGCUGCGGAGUUGGAGAUGGACAUCAACGAGCACAGCCUAGUAAUUGACACCCUGAGGGAAGUGGAUCCUUCGAGGAAAUGCUUUCGUCUUGUAGGGGUGUUAGUGGAGAGGACGGUAAAAGAAGUUCUACCAGCGUUGGAAACCAACAAAGAACAGAUCUCCAAAAUAAUUGAGUCCAUCAACACACAGAUGCAGACGAAAGGACGGGAAUUAACAGAGUACAGGGAACGCUACAACAUCCGGCUGGUAGGGGAAGGUGAAUCGGAGGCGCAGGGCCAGUCAGCAUCGUCCUCCAGGGACAGCGAAGGAGGCGGAUCCAAAAGCGGAGCCGGUGUUUUAGUGUCAUAGUUUGUAAGGAUGGACGGUGACAGUAGGGCCCUUUGAUUUCUGCAGUACUGAAAACAUAGUUGGAGUCACAAAAUCUGGGUGGAAAAUCUGUGCAUGGUAACUUUGGAUUUGGAUAUUACUGAAUCUUUUGCUAAGCAUCUGGUAAACUUUCAGACAACUCAAUCUGCAAACAUAGAACCUGCUUAUGUAUGCUCAGUGUGAAUGCAAGUGUGUAUCAAAAUUGAGGUUGUUUGUCUUUUUUUUAAAUUGCUGAAAUACUGUGGCAUUCAACAGUUACAUUAAAACUCUUGUAUACUUGUUUGAAUCUGCUUAUGAGCAGAAGACCGUUUCCCUUGUAAGAUAUAACUGCCAAGGUGGUGAGUACAAAAGUCAAAGUUUAAGAAUAAUCUGAAACACCAAGACACGCAAGUAGACACAGUUAGAAAAUAAGAAUUUGAUCAUUUUAAAGAAAACACACUUCAGCAUUUUGUAAACUUUAGAUUUUGGAUUAACAACUUAAAAACAGGAGGGAAUUGUUUUCACGGGGCCCUAAUGUAGGUUGUAGUUGAUCAAAAAGUUGUCCUUGUGGCAGAAAAGGUCCUGGAAGGCAUUUUGACAAAACAUGUCUUAAACACGAACACACGAUUAUACUGUAAACGCAUCUCUAUAGAUAAAAACACACCUGUCAGUUUUAUUCAGCCUCCCGCUCUGACAGUUCAUUCACCACUAACAAAAUUAGCAUCACACAAAUCAUGCAGAAAGAUAUAUUUGCACUCUGAAUUCGUAGUUACUGCACACGGUGAUGUGAGCAGUGAGUGUUGCCAUCACACCUUAAUAAUAAAGCCCCAUCACUGAAAACACAAUGGAACUAUUCCUUUUGAUCUGUGGAACACACCAGAGCUUGGAGUUAGCUGGGGAAAUGCCUCCUAGGACCUGAUGCACUGUUCAAGCGGUUUAUGUGUUGUAAGGACAAAAAUGUUUUUGUUAAUGGUCAUGAAUUAAAAAUGUCACAAUUGUG